AUGGAUUCUCUGACGAACGAGGGUAGGGUGAUUGAUGACGGUGCGGGUCAUGUUCACCCACUGGAGCGCAGUGUGGUUGAUCGAUUUCGAGGCGGAAUUGCGGCCACGAAUAUCCAAGAACCAUUAGCAGAUGUUCAGAGUCGAAUAUUAGGAGGCGAGCAGUUGGUUGAAAACCGGAAAAUCAUGAGCAUGAGAACCAACUUGGGGAUCGGUAUGGCCCAAAUAUACGCACGAGACCUCGAGCUCAUCUCACACGCACGAAGACUGCAGGGCUGUAACCUCAGGUCUUCCCAAAUCAGCAUGGAACAAUAUAUGGAUAAAGAAGAUGUCAUCGACUUUGGGACUUUUAGAUAUCUGGAAAAACCUGACAUGUCCGAGGUCGACCGACUAGGAGUUCGCAAUGAGAUUCUGUGA